AUGAUUUGGAGUGGAUAGAUAUGAAGAAAUGAUGUAAAGGUGAAAUGGGUAAAAGGGAUAAUAACGAUCAUGUUCAUGUUAGGAGAAGGUGCUUUGUCUUCUUCCAAUAAUCUAUCUAUCAAUCUAUUGCCUAAUAAGUCCAGUGGUUGAGCAGGUGAGCUCAAGCUUCUCUGUCUUCUGCUUCUGUUCUCCAGAAUUUGGCCUUUCAGCAAUCUCAGGGGUCGUUAAUUUCUUUUCUCAAGCGGCUACAUAAUUUCUCUUCCUCAUCCUCACUGUCUGAGAGAGUUUAUACUUCAAAUUUGUAUUCGUUUUUCCAAUUUGCUCCACAUUUGAACCUGCAUAAGCUGUUGGUUCGCAAAGUUUAAGGACUGCUGCGCACUUUUUGUUGAGUUGAAGAAAGAGCAUUAGAAGAUUUUACAUCCAUGAGAAGAUCAGGUGUAAACCAACCGAAAGUCAAGCGUCUUGUUGGAAAAUAUGAAAUUGGUCGAACAAUUGGCGAAGGUACAUUUGCAAAAGUGAAAUUUGCCAAAAAUUCGGAGACUGGGGAACAUGUAGCAAUAAAGAUCCUUGACAAAGAGAAAGUUCUGAAGCACAAGAUGGCUGAACAGAUCAAGCGGGAAAUUGCCACAAUGAAACUAAUAAAGCAUCCACAUGUUGUCCAAUUGUUUGAGGUGAUGGGGAGCAAAACAAAGAUAUUUAUUGUUUUGGAGUUUGUUACUGGAGGAGAACUUUUUGAUAAAAUUGUUAGUACUCCAUUUCUGAAGAAAAAAGUAAAUCAUGGACGGAUGAGUGAAAAUGAGGCACGGAGAUAUUUCCAGCAACUUAUAAAUGCUGUUGAUUAUUGUCAUAGCAGAGGUGUUUACCACAGGGAUCUUAAGCCAGAAAAUCUAUUGUUAGAUGCCUACGGUAAUCUUAAAGUGUCUGAUUUUGGAUUGAGUGCACUUUCUCAACAAGUGAAGGAUGAUGGCCUGCUUCACACUACUUGUGGAACUCCAAACUAUGUUGCUCCUGAGGUUCUUAAUGAUAGAGGCUACGACGGUGCAACUGCAGACUUAUGGUCUUGUGGAGUUAUACUCUUUGUACUGCUUGCAGGUUACUUGCCGUUUGAUGAUUCUAAUCUCAUCAACCUUUAUAAAAAGAUCUCGUCUGCUGAAUUUACUUGUCCUCCGUGGCUUUCUUUAGAUGCCAUGAAAUUGAUAGCUCGAAUUUUGGAUCCCAACCCAAUGACUCGCAUCACUAUACCAGAAAUUUUGGAAGAUGAAUGGUUUAAGAAAGAUUAUAAGCCUCCUGUUUUUGAGGAGCAGAAGAUUGCAAACUUGGAUGAUGUAGAAGCUGUCUUUAAAGAUUCGGAAGAGCACCAUGUGACAGAGAAGAAGGAAGAACACCCAGCAGCUAUGAAUGCCUUCGAGUUAAUUUCAAUGUCGAAGGGGCUCAACUUGGCAAAUUUGUUUGGUACAGAACAGGAAUUCAAGAGAGAAACAAGGUUCACCUCUAAAUGCACAGCUAAUGAAAUUGUAAAUAAGAUUGAAGAAGCUGCCAAACCUCUUGGUUUUGAUGUACAAAAGAAAAAUUACAAGAUGAGGCUUGAAAAUGUGAAAGCUGGUCGGAAGGGAAAUCUUAAUGUUGCCACAGAGAUUUUGCAAGUAGCACCUUCUGUCCAUGUGGUUGAGAUGCGAAAAGCAAAGGGAGACACUUUAGAGUUUCACAAGUUCUACAAAAACCUCUCCACCUCCUUGGAGGAUGUUGUUUGGAAGACUGAGGAAGACAUGCAAGAAACAAAGUGAAACUCAACGCAGUUCGAAUUACGAAGAACAAAUUCUUGUAAAUGCUUCAUGACUGCUGUUUCCUUAACCCUCAAUUCUCAUGUGUUCAAUCGAUUGUUUUCCAUUUUAUUGUAGGAAAGCAUGUAAAAAGCUCCCAGAAAAUGAGCUAUGAUAGAUGUUUUUGAUCUUACACUUAAAACUUGGAUUCUCAGUGAUAGCCAGGAAUAUUUGCAAUUCUUUUUAGGUAUUAUAUGCUUCCAUUAGUAUUUCAAACA